AUGGCGUCAGCUUCGCGCAGUCUUUACCGGAGCUUGCUCCGAGUGUCGAUGGUAAAUCCGGCAAAGCGGAAAUGCUUGACACAGGGCCAGCGACCUUUCACCAUUACCACCAUUCGUGGCCGCGACUCGAAACCUAAGCCCACCUUUCCGGAUCCUGUUUAUUUCAGAGAUCUUGAUGCUAGCGUCGCAGAUGCCGAAAAGGAGGUCGGCUCGGACGCGUUUGACGAUGAGGAAGAGGAAGCCUUCCGCGUUCUCUACAAUCCUCAGCCAUCUGAAUACCUCUCACCCGAGACUCCCCUAACAAUAGACGACCUCACCCCAGAUGAACGUGCCGACUAUGAGGCGCUCUCGCAAGCCGAACGAUCAGACUACCUUCCGCGGCUCAAUCAUUACAAAGCUCUCUCCGAAUCCGAAGACGAUGAGAUGGUCGAAGCCGACUCCGAUAAGCUAGAGGGAAGACUGCACCGCGAGCAUCAUAUCGAUUUGAACAUUCCAAAAGCUGUAAGCGAACGGACCGGUGCGGGAUACUGGGCGGACGACGAAGUAGAUGAGCUCGCCCAACAGCCUGACGACGAUGACGAGUGGGAUCCUAGCAUGAUUACCAGCGUUGCCGAGAACGAGCUUCAGCUUCACAGAGAAAUUCGACAAUACACCCGUGCCGCGGCGUGGGAAAUGCCGCUGCUAACAAAGCUUGUCGAGAAGGCGUUUGAACCACCAAAACUAGCCACCCCUCUCCGCUUCCGCUACACCACCUACAUGGGCGAAUCCCAUCCAGCAGCCCGCAAAGUCGUCGUAGAAUUCACCUCCACCGACCUCGCCAAAUCCGUUCAACUUACGCCAGCACAGCGCGUUAAGCUCACCAAACUCCUCGGUCCACGCUACAACCCCACCAGCGACACAGCGCGCCUCUCAUGCGAGAAGUUCGAGAAUGCCGCCCAGAACAAACGCUAUCUGGGCGAUCUGGUCAGCUCCCUGAUUCGCGAGGCCAAAGAGGGCCAGGAUCUUUUCGAGGAUGUCCCCCGCGACGAACGACACGUCAAGGUCGCGAAGAAGGUGACGUUCCCUGCAGCGUGGCUGUUGAAGGAGAAGAGGGUGGCGCAGUUGCAGGAGGUGAGGAGGCCGAAGCCAGAGUCGCGCAACGUGAGGGAUACGCAGAGUCAGAGCGCCGUGGCGGAGUACAUGCAGAAGAUGCCGUUGGGGCGUGCGCCGUUGACGAGCGGCGCCGCUAUGGCACCGGAGAAGGUGCCGGAGCGGGAGCCGGUGGUCGUGCGUUGA